CAGAAAAAGUCCGUCUGCUUUGAAAAAGGAACGCGCCUUCUCGGAUCAUUUGAAUCAUUUCGUGAAGGAAGUCUUUAAAAUUCUUAAGAUUUAAGUUUGUUGAGUGCGGGACUUUCCGAAUUAUCGGUAAAAGGAGAAACUUUUACAGAAAUAUCCCGAAUCAAUUUUUUCAGAAAAUUUGAGUUUAUUUAAUUUGAAUAAUUAGAAAUGGCAGAGCAACUAGGCGCUGGAUUAGAUAUUGAAGACGUUCGCGAGGUGUUUGACCUUUUCGAUUUUUGGGAUGGCAGAGACGGAUUGAUAGGUGCUGAGAAAGUUGGCGAUCUCUUGAGAUGUUUAGGCUUGAACCCAACAGUCGCGGUUGUUAAGAAACACGGUGGCACUGAAAAACCAGGAGAAAAACAGUUCAGUUUCGAAGAGUUCCUUCCAAUUGUAAAAUCAAUUCUGAAAAUUGAAGACACUGGUACAUAUGCUGAGUUCUGCGAGGCGUUUAAAUCAUUCGAUAGAGAAGGCAUGGGAUUUAUAACUGCCGGGGAGAUGAAUUAUAUGUUGUCAGCAAUGGGUGAACGAUUGACGGACGCAGAAACAGAUGCCAUAAUGACGGAUACAGACACACAGCCUGAUAUUGACGGUAAUCUAAAAUAUGAAGAUUUUAUAAAGAAAGUGAUGCGAGGUCACGAGUGGAAGAAAUAGACUACACAGUAUUGUUCCAAUGAUCUGAAAAUGUUCGCUAGACAUCAUCGUGUUUUUUUUUCUCUUCUUGUAUUUCAUGUUCUCUUUGGACGAGUUUUGCUUUUAAUAUAUAGAGAGUGAGCUUAUUUGAUCUUUUAGAUAUGAUUUUUACAUUAAAAUCAUAUGAACACAGUAUCUUACUUGGGCAUUAUAAUUAACACGUGUUAUCCAUAUAUACUGAGAUUCUGACAGUCAGGAGAAGCGAAAUGCUGUUUACGUCCUUAUCAAACUUAAAAUUUAAUUAAUCAUAGUAAACAAUAGGUUUUUAAUACAUCAUAUGAUCAAACAUCAUAAUAUCAACUCAGUAAAUUUUUCAUUGUGUCAUCUAUUUUUCAUUCAUAAUAUAUAUGUCUAUUAAGCACAGUUUACGUCAUUUCAAAGACAACGUGAAAAUCUUCAAUGUAUUUCAUUAGUAUCACAUAUCAAUAAUGAGCUUUGUAUAGUUUUAAUAUCACUACGUCUUAGAUAACUACACCACAUAUAACCACCAAGCCCGCAAUUUUAACCCUACCCACGUAAUAAUGCCAACAUUUGUCAAAUGUGUCUAGUUUAAUUAGCCAUGUUUGAAAUAAAAUUUCAGACAACGUGUUUGAUUUUUUCAACCUUCUUUUCAAAAUUCAGUCAAUACUUUUGUACACUAUAAACUCAAACGUUUUGCCUGAUAUGAUAAAAGAAGAUACUUUUUAUUUCACCAUGAAACAUAAUGUCGUAUAAGAAUAGCAAAGUUUAUUCUCUUCGUUUCUCAUCCUAUAUUUUCAAGCUUAGUUUAUAUUAUGUCAUGUAUAUUUAACAAAAUGCUAUAAAUUUAAACUAUAAAUUAGCGUCUUAUCUAAAAUAGAGUCCUUAACAUUAGAAAGUUAAUUGUCCAUUUUGACAAGCUGAAAAAAACUGUCAUUAAGUGAAACGAUUAACAUUUCCCUUGUUUCUUCAUACUUUACUCUUCAUUGUAACCAUUAGAGUGUUGAUCCUAAAUGACAUCUGGUAGUUUCUGUAAGUUUUAGAUCUGUUAGUUUGGUUCACGGAUCAAGGACACUUUUGGGAGAAAAAAUAAUACCGGGUUGACAAAGCAGCAAAAUACUGUACAUGUCUGAUAUUUCUUGAAGUCAUGAAGUCAAAUUUAGUCUUAUGGUCAUGCGAAAUGACAGAAAAUCAUAUAAUAAAUUGUACACAGUCAUAUGGAUAAUAUUACCACCUGUCAUGACGGAUCAAUUACUGUAAUUCAUUUUUAUCCAGCAUGAUUUAACCAUAAAUAAUUCCAAAUUUUUUGGGCAAAUGGAUUGUUUGUUUUGUCUAAGGUGUUAUCAUAAAUCAUGUCGUUUGCCAGCAUAAAUCUAAAAAUAAUUUUUUUGUGAGGUGAACUUUUGGAUUUCGAAAAUGAAAAAGAGGACAAAAAAGAAGUCAUUACAAGUAGUCAUUAAAGUACCUCAGAAAUGAAAUGUUGCAGAUUUAUUUUUACUGACCCUGUUGAUAAUCUUAACAUAUACGCACCUCUUGAACACCAACAUGAUUUAUGAACACUAACGAGACCACCCUGAAUUAUCUAACCAUAUCCGAAGUUAUUUCAUCAGACUCAAGCAUCUGGUCGAAAUAUAAAUAUUAUCCGAAAACCCGUGUGUUUGGAUUGUUAGUUUUGUAUUUUAAUAAAGCCUUAACUCUCACGCCCACCCAUCCUAUACAUUCAAAGUUAGUCUCUAAUAACAGUGUUCCUUAACAGAAGAGUUUUUCCUGGAUUUUUAUUGCCCUUCCUGGUGUGUCGGAUUUGUACCCUAUAUAAAAGUUUUAACACUAAAUCUAUACCGGAGUGUUCCUACCGUUUGAAAUAACACAUUACCUACUGCCCAUCUUCACCAUGCAUGUUAAAUAAUCUUUUCACAUAUUCAUUAUCAUUUUCUGUCUAAUGUUCACCUCUAAACAUAUACAUUAAAAGACAGUGUUUCAAUUUUACCCUUUGAUUUUAGUUACCUUAAAUGUCCUUUUUCAAUUUCAUUCUUACAGACAUAUUUUGUUUUCAUUGUGUUUUUUUUUUUCAAAUACAAUACUAACUGAGUUUUAUCAGUUUAAAUUAAUCAAAAUCAUUAAUUGUAUCGCAUUUCUUGUCCGUUUUAUAUAAAACUAAAUAGGAACAUAUAGAUAUUCUUUUUUCUUAAUGUUACUUAUAUUUACUUGCACAGCAGGCACCUGAGAUUUAAAAAAGUACUUAUAUACAUGUAUAUAUCUCUUUUUUUCAAUGAGAUAAUGUAUGAGUUAUCUGAUUAUCAUUUUUGCUUAAAAUGAUUAAUAUAUCUAACUAAAUUCGUGACCGACCCAUCCCGUCCCUCUCAUCCCGUACUACGAUAAAGUCUGCUUCAUUUUCCAGAAACCACAAUAUCUGACGUACAAACGCUUUUUUUUGUCUAGAUCAUGUGCUUAUUUAGAUAUGUGUAUAUUUAAGUAAUUGUUUUAAAAUCUUGACUUCAUUUAUUUUUGUCAAGUUUGUCUUUUAUAUAUAGAAAUAGCAGCAAAAUGUAGCAUAUUUAUACAAGUACUGGUAUUGUACAAUGUUAUGCAAAAAUAAAGAAUUAAACUAAAAUAAA